UUCUAGCUACACGGGAAAGCGGGCAGUUUUUCUCCUUUCACCAGAAGGGUUUUAAUCGGUACAUUUGCAUUCGAUUUAAACAAUUACUACUGGUAAAAUAUUAGAACAAUAUCUAGUUUCUGUUCACAUCGUAUGCGUUAAAAUACAUACCUCAACAUGUUGAUUAAAGUUAAGACACUCACAGGCAAAGAAAUAGAGAUUGACAUUGAGCCUACAGACAAGGUGGAGAGAAUCAAAGAGAGGGUGGAGGAAAAGGAGGGCAUCCCACCACAACAGCAGAGACUCAUUUACAGCGGAAAACAGAUGAAUGAUGAGAAAACAGCUGCUGACUACAAAAUCCAGGGAGGAUCUGUCCUGCAUUUAGUUCUAGCUCUCAGAGGAGGAGAAACCCUGCGUUAGUCCUGCCAGUUUCUUUCCUCUAAAUCUAAUCUGUUAAGCUUGUAAAUAGUAGAAAUGUGUGUUAUCAUGUCCCUCGGAACAAACAGCAGAAUCGCCACAAGGCUCUGGUGCUCAAUGCCUCCAGUGGACACUUGGCUUUGCAUAAACCAUACUAUUGUCAUCACAACUGCUCGGGAUUGAGAGAACAUCAUGCAGAUGCUUUCUGAACACUGUUCACAACCUUAAUGUGAGUUUAUGUUGUGGUUUAAUUCUGAUUUUUCAUUCUGCAGUAUAAAGUUGUGCACUGGAAUUACCCCUUUUGUUCAUGGUUUAGGAAACGCUUAUAGAAGUUUGAUUUUUAUUAUUUCUUGCUAUUUUAAACAGUAAUUUUAACACAGCUCCUUAUUCAGUUCUUGCAUGUCUAAAAGAGACACAGAUGUGUAUUAUCUUCCCAAAACAACACGUUAUGCCAUAUCUGUUUUAUUGUAUUAUGUUUUGAUGAAAGAGGAAUAAACGAUGGAUAUUUGUCAUUUCACACACACACAA